AACAUAUAUUAUGAAAAAUAAUGAAAUCCUCAAGGAGUCUGGUGAUAAGACGGCAAGUAUCGAGCGAGUGUUAGUAUUCCCUGGUAAGGAGUCCAGGAAUAGCGUCUUUUGAUUGGCUGAAGAGCAGGUCAGCCAUUUUUACAAACGAGAAACGGUUAAACAAGAAGGAAAUUGAUUGUUUAGCUCCAAAUUAAACCCUUUUUCUCUAGUUUUUCCACUACCGAUUGCUCUAUAACUACAAACAACACUAAAUGAUGGCAACAACCAGUUCGAAUGUCGAAAACUUGUCCCCUCAAAUUAUCAAGCAAGUUGCUCGAGAAUUGCAAGGGUUAGCGAGUAAUCCACCAGAGGGAAUCAAAAUUUUUACCAACGAUGAAGACAUAACAGAUAUUCAAGCGACGAUAGAAGGACCAACCGGAACACCAUACGAAGGUGGUAUAUUUAAAAUUAAAGUUGUCCUUGGAAAGGACUUUCCAGCUUCACCUCCAAAAGGAUUUUUUUUAACUACUAUUUUUCAUCCCAAUGUGUCAAAAAAUGGCGAAAUUUGUGUCAAUACUCUUAAAAAGGACUGGAAACCAGACUUAGGAAUUCAGCAUAUUUUACUG